AUGUCGUAUGGUAGGUCUCACAAACGGGCUAGAACCGAUAACAUCUCGGAGCUCAAUGCAAAAUAUAUGGCUCUGGACCAACAGAAUAACUUUCAAGUCAUGUAUAUCUGGAUCGACGCCACUCAAGAAAACUUGAGAGGGAAGACUAAGACGUUUGACUUCGAACCAAAGGUUGCAUCUGAUCUUCCUAUUUGGAAUUUCGACGGAACUUCGACCGGUCAAUCGCUUGGCGAAGGAUCAGAUGUUUACAUCCGACCGGUGGCAUUGUAUCGAGACCCAUUUAGGCCGGGACCAAACAAAAUUGCACUUUGUGAGACGUUGACUCAUGACGAGAAACCACAUCCAACAAACACUCGCCAGCAAUGUCUGGACGUUAUGGAGAAAGCAAAAGAUCAGGAGCCAUGGUUUGGCAUGGAGCAGGAGUUCACUUUGCUUGGAGCAGACAAGCAUCCCUACAACUGGCCAGUCAACGGAUUUCCAGCACCACAAGGACCAUAUUAUUGUGGUGUGGGUGCUGAUCGAGUUUUCGGUCGCCAUAUACUGGAAGCACAUUAUAGAGCAUGCAUGUAUGCUGGAAUAAAGAUCAGUGGUUCAAACGUAGAGAGCAUGCCAUCGCAGUUUGAGUAUCAAGUAGGACCUUGUGAGGGAAUCGAGAUGGGAGACUCACUCUGGGUAUCUCGAUACAUCCUCCAUCGCAUUUGUGAAGACUACGGUGUUGUGUGUAGUUUAGACCCAAAGCCAGUGCUCGGCGAGUGGAGCGGUGCAGGCUGCCAUCUAAACUUCUCCACCAACGUCAUGAGGACGCCAAGUGAGGAUGGCGCCGGAUGGCGUGCUAUCGAGGAGGCUGUCCACAAAUUGAGCAAAGUGCACAUGCACCACAUUGCUUAUUAUGAUCCACACGGAGGACGUGAUAACGAGCGUCGACUGAUCGGGGCUAACCAAACUGAAACAGUUGACGCCUUCUCUUCUGGAGUAGCCGAUCGGGAAGCCAGUGUUCGAAUCCCACGUCAAGUUUUCGCCGACAAAUGCGGAUACUUCGAAGAUCGCCGGCCCGCCUCCAACUGCGACCCGUACAUGGUGACCUCAGCAAUGGUUAAAACUUGCUGUUUUGAGGGAGAUGACUCAAAACUCACUCUUCGUUAUGUUCCAAAAUUCUAA